AUGUCGUCGGUGAGCCCCAUCCAGAUCCCCAGCCGCCUGCCGCUGCUGCUCACGCACGAGGGCGUGCUGCUGCCCGGCUCCACCAUGCGCACCAGCGUGGACUCGGCCCGCAACCUGCAGCUGGUGCGCAGCCGCCUGCUCAAGGGCACGUCGCUGCAGAGCACCAUCCUGGGCGUCAUCCCCAACACGCCCGACCCGGCCAGCGACGCGCAGGACCUGCCGCCGCUGCACAGGAUCGGGACGGCUGCCCUGGCCGUGCAGGUCGUGGGCAGCAACUGGCCGAAGCCCCACUACACUCUGCUGAUCACCGGCCUGUGCCGCUUCCAGAUCGUGCAGGUGCUGAAAGAGAAGCCGUAUCCUGUCGCUGAAGUGGAGCAGCUGGACCGGCUGGAGGAGCUCCCCAGCACCUGCGAGGCCAGGGAGGGGCUGGGGGAGCUGUCCGAGCAGUUCUACAAGUACGCGGUGCAGUUGGUUGAAAUGCUGGACAUGUCUGUCCCUGCCGUUGCGAAGCUGAGACGUCUGUUAGACAGUCUUCCGAGGGAGGCUCUCCCGGACAUUCUGACUUCGAUUAUCCGCACAAGCAACAAAGAAAAGCUGCAGAUUCUAGAUGCUGUGAGCCUGGAGGACCGGUUCAAGAUGACCAUCCCGCUGCUCGUCAGACAGAUCGAGGGCCUGAAGCUGCUCCAGAAAACCAGGAAGCACAAGCAGGACGAGGACAAGCGGGUGAUAGCGAUUCGCCCUAUUAGGAGGAUCACCCACAUCCCAGGCACCCUAGAGGAUGAGGAUGAGGAGGAAGAUAACGAUGACAUUGUCAUGCUGGAGAAGAAGAUACGAACUUCUAGUAUGCCAGAGCAGGCCCACAAAGUCUGCCUCAAGGAGAUCAAAAGACUCAAAAAAAUGCCUCAGUCGAUGCCAGAGUACGCGCUGACCAGGACGUACCUGGAGCUCAUGGUGGAGCUGCCCUGGAGCAAGAGCACCACGGACCGUCUGGACAUCCGCGCGGCCCGGGUCCUCCUGGACAACGACCACUAUGCCAUGGAGAAGCUGAAGAGGAGGGUGCUGGAGUACCUGGCUGUCAGGCAGCUGAAGAGCAACCUGAAGGGCCCCAUCCUCUGCUUUGUCGGCCCCCCCGGAGUCGGGAAAACAAGCGUGGGGAGAUCCGUGGCCAAGACCCUCGGCCGGGAGUUCCACAGGAUCGCGCUCGGAGGGGUGUGCGACCAGUCUGACAUCCGAGGGCACAGGCGCACCUACGUCGGCAGCAUGCCCGGUCGCAUCAUCAAUGGCUUGAAGACAGUCGGGGUUAACAACCCAGUGUUCCUGCUGGAUGAGGUCGACAAGCUGGGGAAGAGUCUGCAGGGUGACCCUGCCGCCGCUCUGCUUGAGGUGCUGGAUCCGGAGCAAAACCACAACUUCACAGAUCAUUAUCUGAACGUGGCCUUUGACCUCUCCCAAGUCCUUUUCAUAGCGACUGCCAACACCACAGCCACUAUUCCACCUGCCUUGCUGGACAGAAUGGAGAUCAUUCAGGUGCCAGGGUACACCCAGGAGGAGAAGAUCGAGAUCGCCCACAGGCACCUGAUUCCGAAGCAGCUGGAGCAGCACGGGCUGACCCCGCAGCAGGUGCAGGUCCCGCAGGCCACCACCCUCGACAUCAUCACCAGGUACACACGAGAGGCAGGGGUGCGCUCUCUGGACAGGAAGCUGGGGGCCAUUUGCCGAGCGGUCGCUGUGAAGGUCGCCGAAGGGCAGCACAAAGAAGCCAAGUUGGAUCAUUCUGACGCAGCCGAGGCAGAAGGGAGCAGGGAACACAUCUUAGAAGACACGAAACGCGAGUCCCUCAGUGACACUGCCGACUUGGCCCUCCCCCCAGAGAUGCCAAUUCUGAUCGACUUCCACGCCCUGAAGGACAUCCUGGGGCCCCCGAUGUACGAGAUGGAGGUGUCUGAGCGCCUGAGUCAGCCGGGAGUGGCCAUAGGGCUGGCGUGGACGCCCUUAGGCGGGGAGAUCAUGUUCGUGGAGGCGAGCCGAAUGGAGGGCGAGGGCCAGCUGACGCUGACCGGCCAGCUGGGGGACGUCAUGAAGGAGUCCGCCCACCUCGCCAUCAGCUGGCUCCGCAGCAACGCCAAGAGGUUCCACCUGACUACCGCUUCUGGAAGUUUCGAUCUUCUCGACAACACAGACAUCCACCUGCACUUCCCAGCUGGAGCCGUCACAAAAGACGGGCCGUCCGCGGGGGUCACCAUCGUGACCUGCCUCGCUUCCCUGUUCAGCGGGCAGCUGGUGCGCUCGGACGUGGCCAUGACCGGGGAGAUCACGCUGCGCGGCCUGGUUCUGCCCGUGGGCGGGAUCAAGGACAAAGUGCUGGCCGCACACAGAGCAGGGCUGAAGCGGAUCAUCAUUCCUCAGAGGAACGAGAAAGACCUUGAAGAAAUCCCGGGCCACGUGCGGCAGGAUCUCAGCUUCAUCACCGCCAGCUGCCUGGACGAGGUCCUUAACGCCGCUUUCGACGGCGGCUUCGCCGUCAAGGCCAGACCUGGUCUCUUAAACAGCAAGCUGUAGGCUCGGCUCAGCGUCUCAGGACCCUGAGCUCUGCAGUGCCCCAGGUACUGCAGGGUGGACCUUUCACAACAGUCGAGUUAGCAAAACAUCCCUUCGCUCGUGAACAUAAUCGCAGCAGUCACGAAACUCACCCAAACGGUGGCUCAUGUUUAUUAUAGAAA